GAGGUCGCGUGUUUCCCCACAGUCUGGGAUACGGUGGCAGCCCCGGACCCCCCGCCAUGGUGUGGAUGGGGAGCCCACUCAGUGGGAAAUCUGAGCCCGGCGUUAUUGUAGGGAAAGACAGAGUUAAAGUUGGCGAAGGAGGGUUUCCUCCUGGCACGUGGCUCCAUGUCAGCCGCGGUGCGCAGCCUGCAGAGGGAACGCAGGGAAAGCGCUGGAGGAAUUUACCAUGAGUAAAAAGAGACGCUGCUUAGGGAGAAAUUAGCGUUCAGAUCCCGGGAGCCAAGCUGAUCCCAAGCAGCGGAGCCGGCGAGCGCCUGACCAUGUUCAACGGGGAUGCCAGCUCCUCGGCGGCCCGGAGCGUCAUCCGCAGCUCCAGCAUCAGCGGCGAGAUGUACAACAUCGAGCAGAGCGUGCGGGGCAGCGCCGACUCCGUCACCAUCACCAAGAAGAGACGCUCCAGCCUGGGCGCCAAGAUGGUGGCCAUCGUGGGGCUGUCCCAGUGGAGCAGGAGCACCUUGCAGCUCAACCAGACGGAGGGUGGCCCCAAAAAGCUGCGCAGCAACAUCCGGAGGAGCACGGAGACCGGCAUCGCGGUGGAGAUGAGGACCAGGGUCACCCGGCAGGGCAGCCGGGAAUCCACCGAUGGCAGCACCAACAGCAACAGCUCCGACGGCACGUUCAUCUUCCCCACGACCCGGCUGGGAGCCGAGAGCCAGUUCAGCGAUUUCCUCGAUGGGCUGGGGCCGGGCCAGCUGGUGGGACGGCAAACACUGGCCACCCCGCCGAUGGGCGAUGUCCAUGUCGGCAUGGCUGACCGCAACGGGCAGCUGGAGGUGGAGGUGAUCCAGGCGAGGGGACUUAUCCCGAAGAUGGGCUCCAAGUCCAUCCCUGCCACCUACGUGAAAGUUUACCUGCUGGAGAACGGCGUGUGCCUGGCCAAGAAGAAGACCAAGGCGGUGAAGAAAACCUGUGACCCGUCAUACCAGCAGCCUCUGCUCUUCGAGGAGAGUCCCCAGGGCAAAGUCCUGCAGGUGAUCGUCUGGGGCGAUUACGGGCGCAUGGACCACAAGUGCUUCAUGGGGAUGGCCCAGAUCGUCCUGGAGGAGCUGGAUCUCUCCAGCACCAUAAUGGGCUGGUACAAACUCUUCCCCACCUCCUCGCUGGCCGACUCCAGCAUUGGGCCCCUGACGCGCCGGCUCUCCCAGUCCUCCCUGGAGAGCUCCACCAGCCCCUCCUGCCCAUAGGUGGCAGCUUGGGGACAGGAGACAUCCAAAACUGUCAGUGGAUAGCUGUAAAUAUCCUAAAUAUCCUGUUCUUUUAAUUUUUUCUUUCCCCUCUUUUUUUUUUUAAUUUUCUCUUUAUUUUUUAACUCUCCUUCCCAAAACAACCCCGCUCUCAACACGCUCCUCCCCGAGCAGAGGGAACAUCGCAGGGGGAGCGAGGGCCCUGGGUUUGGAGGCAAAGGGAAGGAGAAGCAAAAGAACCCACCCCAACCAAACCCCGGCCGUGAGGCAGAGUGAGGGCUGCGGCUGCCGACCGGCCCCCGACUGUUACCCAAGCGCCGCGUUUCUGCCGCCCGCCCGGCCGGAGCAGCUCGGUCCGAUCCAUCCGGCGCCGCCACAAGCAGCACGUCAAUGAGGUUUCUUUUCCUUGCCUCUGAGGAAAAGGUAGCUUUUCAAAGAAAAGAAAAACUCAGAAAAAUAUCCAACUCAGCACUAUUUUUUCUUUUUGGUUUUGUUUCCAAGGAAUGUAGCAUCUUCUAUUAUGUAGCUUGCCACGUGCUAACAACACAUUCACUCUCUGCAAUAUCUAAGAGACUCCGGGUCGACCGGGAACAUCUGCCCGUUUGUUCGUUUUCCAACACAAAUCCUGCGACACUGAGCAAGCACUUCUGGUGGCCAUUUUUCUUUGGUUUCUUUUUGGUAGCAUGUAGCCUGUGACCAGUGACAUUGCCAAAGCGAGAGACUGAACAGAAAAAGGUGCGCUCACCUCCCCGAAGCGUACGCUGGUCUUACCCUCGUGUUCCACCACCCACCAUGGGUUUGUAUGGCCAAAGCGAGACCCAAAAUAGAAACUCUGCGAUGCCUCACGUGAAAAUCCGAGUCAGGAGAAGGUGACCAGACGGAGCAGGAAUAUCGUGAUGCUCGUUGAUCGUCUGUAUCCCAGCCCCUUCAUUGGUGAGGACCAGCUCGAGGUCUGGGAUGCUCUCCUGGGUUCCAGGAUGCUCCUCCAGGUUCAGGAUGCUCCCGGGGGAUCCGGGAUGCUCUCCCUGCGAUCCAGGAUGCACUCCUGGGAUUCGGGAUGCUCUCCUGGGGUCUGGGAUGCUCCCUCUGGUCCAGGAUGCUCCCCCGGGGAUCCAGGAUGCAUCCCCCUGGUCCGGGAUGCACCCCAGGGAUCUGGGAUGCUCCCCCUGGUCCGGGAUGCACCCCAGGGAUCUGGGAUGCUCUCCUAGGGUCCAGGAUGCUCUCCCGGGGUCUGGGAUGCUCCCACUCUCCUCGAUACCCAAAUUCCAAGCAGGACCAGAGGGUUUCCCAGACUCUGCACCUUUCUCUAACUCUCGACUAGUCGGUACAGCUACAGGGGAACAUCUCAACAGCAUCUUCUGCUGAUCUGGAAUUAGGGUGACUGAGAGGUUAUGAACAAAAGGACUAGAUGCUUUGAAUUUAUUAUCAGGAUGAGUGGUUUUGGUUUUUUGUUUGUUUGUUUGUUUGUGUGUAUGUUUUGUUUGUUUGUUUUUAAAGCAGCAUUUUGGUUCCCCCCCGAGGGACCAGUUCUUGUAGCAAAACUAAGAAUUACGGAAGCUUUUUUUGAAGGUGCCUAAUGAAAUUUGCUGAAAAUACUCAGGGGAGACACCACUAGAAACUCUGGUUUCUUCAUAAAAUGUACUUAACCACAAUGACUGUCCUGAAGGAUCAGUUUCCAAAAGCGAGGAAAACAAAACCAACACACCAAAAGACGAGCAGUCUCGAGACUGGAAGAGGACAAGAGGUUAAUGGGGAAUUUUUACCAACCACAUGGCUCUGACCUUCAGUCUUUCACACAAACCAACCCACAGCACAGGUGGGAUUUUUUUUACAGUUAUUUACUGGCGAAGCAGAAAAAUUCACAAUGCACAGAGCACAACAAACCCAACCUGCGGUUCUCUUGGGGACGCCGGGAAGGACGAACCAGCUCGAAGCUGCUGCCACAACGGAACGAACCCAAACCCAAAGGAAAAGCCUGUUGCGAUGAAGCUGUUUUUCCAAUCCCGGGGCUCAGCACAACCCUGCUCGGCGGCUGCUUUACCCGGCACCGCGAUCUGAGCGGCACCGUUGUCACGGAAUUUCAACCGCUCUUGUGGACUUUGGAUCUUUACCGAAUUAAAAGCGCUGUAGAGCUCUGAGGAAAGAGCAGCCUGGAUGCUGCCGAUGGGUAUGGAGAUACCGGGGUUCCCCAGCGUCCGUUUCAUAAGGGAUUAAAUCCUCGUCGGCAAGAGCAGUGGGUUGAUGGAUCAAUACGCUAUUUGGAGGUGUGCGGAAUGGCCACGUACAGGACCAUGGGAUGCGCCGAGUCUCCAGUGUUCUGAGGAUGGAAACUCGGUGUGCUGAUGGCUGAAAUGGGAAUAAACAUCGGUUCACACAUGACGUUCCUUCCAGAGCACCAAGCAGUUAUACGAGGUCAGCGUCGACUUUCCCUGCCCCGGGUGCUGGAUUGUUUCAAUAUACGCAAGGGAAGGCAUCCAAAGAGGAAAAGCUUUGUGCUCCUUCAAGCUAACAUGAUUUGCUUUUGCUUUACCAACUCUGUUUCAAUGGCAAAAUGAUAAAUCUGCCUGUGGUAGGACAAUAACCACAUCCCCAGGGAAGGGAGCUCCGCAGGGGUUUUCUGCAUCCCGCUCCUUCCCGGCCGGCACAGGAACCGCUGGCCGUACAUUCCCCCAGCCAGUCGCAGAACUUUACUGGUCGCCCUCCCCACAAGCACUGUAAUGAUCUUCUGGAGCUGGAGAACAGCAACAGGAACACAGGACAGCGGCUGCCACUUGGGUCCAGCAAAAAGCUCCCUGGUUCCACACCAGCUGGAAAACCCAUGGAAAAUGCAGAGCAAAGAACUAGCACCUGGAAGGCGCUCCAGGGAAAACCCAACAGCUUCAGUUUGCUUUUUAUUGUGGACUGACUGAGGAUGCAGCGGAGGACAACGGUGCAGGGACCGUCGGAACAAACUGCACCCCGGUUCUUGCUCAGCAGCGGAUUCUCCCUCAUUGCCACGCGAUGUUUGUGGGAACGACCCCUCCUGCUCCUCAAAAGGCUGCUGAGGUGGAGCCACCGUGACAGUGACUUCAAACGAUUGUCACUUACUCACUAGAGUCACCAAAAUCCAUCAGGACCUUGAUGUCUUCACUUAGAGCACAACACAGCCCGUCCCCCAGGGAGCUGGUUCUCACCCUCUGGGGAAGGAUCCGGGUCAGGACCCACCUGCCACUUACAUGGGUAAAAAUAAAUAGGAGAAGAGACUGAAACGUGCCCCGUUUACAUCACAGCUUCAGGUCCCUCUUAUUCCUUCACCCGCUGGACCAAGGGUCAAGAUGUUUUCCCUCCUUGAACAAGAACAAAGAAGUUGAGACACCUGGUUGCUUUUCUACACGCGACACACCAGAAAACCCACAAGCUGCUGCACUCCGGGGUUUUUUCUGGGGGAAUGUUCUAUUGCAAAGGGCAUUUUUUUUUGGUAAAAAAUGUACUAUAUGAUUUGCAAAAGGUGGCUGCACUGACUGGGUAUUAUGUGUUAGAUUAUUUCCUCUCUUUCCUCCACCUUCCACCAUGAAAGGAAAUUCAAACUAUUUGACUUACUAGAUAUUUUCCCCUAGAAAGAAUAAUAUUGAACUGAAUGGGUUUUGCAGCUUGUUUUAUCCCCAGCGGUGAGACACAGACCUUGCUAGAUUACAACCAGCAGUAGAUCCCAGUGUCAGAACAAGGGAACCUUCCAGAGUAACAGCAAUGGAUUUUGCCAAAAUAGCCUUGAAAUGAUCCUUAAACAUCCCCUAAGCUCUAGGGGAAAAAAAAGUCCCAGUUGUGCAGCAAAGUACAGAAAAUACGACAUGAUUUCAAGCCCAGGCCUAAGUUAGCCCUGGCUUUUCUGCAUGCCUGGAAUGGGUUUUAUUUGCCAAAGCUGAGGGACUGAAAGUGUUCCAGGGCACCAGAAGGUGAGAGAGGCUUCUGGGCUUGGUCAGAAACGAGCUCCAGUUCCAUCAGCAUCACCACACGUUGAAAGCCAGGGGGAGGACACUUAGACAUAGUUUUCCUGAAAUCAAGUUCGAUUCAGAACCAAUUACCCGGCCAGAAAACUGAACCUAUGAAGUUGCUUUGGAAAACACCACAGAGGAACGGAGACAGCGGGAACCGUUCCCUCCACAGCACCUCAUCCAGCUCUUACACCUUUUCUCCAGAAGCAGCUACAGACGUAGCUCUUGAGUGCAAAUCUGAGACCAGAAACGCCAACAGGGAACCACUUCUGCUCCCCAUCUUACACCCCUGCUCCAGCAGCGAUCAGACUUGCCAAGUCAAGCCUGCAUUUGUAUUUGAGGAGUUAUUAAUAACACGUUUCAAUACCUUUGCUUGUGUAAGUGGGCUUGCAAAUACCCAGCAGCAGAGAGUUCAGUUUAAGAGUCUUUACCGAUAUAAGGCCAUUUAUAAAAACAUCCCCGGUGAUGUUUUUUCAGGCAUAAAGAGUCCACCUUCUAUUUUCUUCUUCCAGUUGACUCAGACACUUCUUUCCCAGAUUGAUGUGAAACGCUUGGACAACGCACAUCUGUAAACUCCCCCAAGGGUGUGCAUUGGGUUACUGAUUUGGAACAUAACCGCAUUUGAGAGGUCAAGGAACGGUGUUCGGGCACCGUUCUUCUCAAUGGCCGAAUUCAAAGUCUAAAUGUGUUUCGCAUCGCAAACAGAAAAAGAUAUUAAGAGCUCUCUCCGCUUCCCUUUGGGUUUUCAUGCCUCCGGACAGAUCUGUGCAAUUACCUGCAGUAAAUGCAAGGUUUGCAUCCCAGGAUGUGCCAAAGGCUCUGAUGUUUCUCUGGCGAAGCUGUUUCAACUGGAAGUCUUCCUUCUACUCCGUGUUCACAAGCAUAGGAAACACCACAACCCUUGGCUGCUUGUUAGAGGUGCAAGAGGGAUGUUUAUGAGCUAAAAAGAAGGUUGAAAGCUGCAGAAAAGACUUCCUAUGGGGGAAAACAACUAAGUGUCCACAAUAAGAGCUGUCGGACUAAAGAUGUGCUGUAACACAGCUGGAGUUACCCAAAAAGUGACCAGGUGAGACAAGAACCUUCACACCUUAACCAAGCUCGUCUGUAUUUAGGGAAGGUUUAGGUUUUAGAAGCUGACUUGGAAGAAUGUCCAGUAAAGGGCCUAAGUGUUUGUCUUGUUGUCUGAAUAACCGCCACACUGUUCAACCCCGGGCACGGACACCAGGACGGACACGGCAGCAGGACACACAGAACAACAGCUCGGGUUCGCAGCUGCCACCCAGAGCUGGUGAACCCCUGUGCCUGCCUGCAGCUCCGAUUAUUCGUAUACCUCAUUAUUUUUUCCCCCUUUUAUUUUUGUUUUGUUAUUAAGAACCAGAGCUUAGUGCACUCUUAUCACAUUCAGGUUAUUUUUUUGUCGUUGUUGUUAACUGUGCAAUGAAGAGCAAUUCCAUAGGAUGCGCAUCCACCACCCGCUCCCACGCUGGCUCCCGGGGGCUCAACCUCCGCUUCGUUUCGCACUUGCACUAAUUGCUGAGCUGCAGGGUGAGGGAAGCGAGCGGCCUGAGCGCUUCUCCACCGGGGGGGAUGAUUUGGCCGGACAGUCGGUACCCCCAUUUCAUCCUUCCUGUUCCAAAGCAUCCCAAAAUCUGUGCGUGUUUGUAGCCCCCUCUUGGAUGCGAGAAGCCCAUGUUGCUGCCCAAACCCUCGCUAAAGCUUUUGCCCAUUGCGUGGAGCCUGAGAACAGGCAGAAAGCGUUUCCCUCCAGCAGGGAUUAGACCUGGAUCGCAUGGGAUCGGUCCGUAUAAUCCCAAUAAAAGAGGGGAACUCACCCAAGGCUGGCAGGGAGGAGCGUGAAGCGCUGGUUGAUGCGGGGGGUCCCUGGUUGAUGCGGGGGGUCCCUGGUUGGAGCAGCACCCCACCGGCCAGGGACCCGCAGUGGGUGUCCGUGGAACGUUCGUUAGCACUUUGAAGUUGGUGGCCUUGUUUUCUUAAAAGGGCUUGAUCUUUUCAUGCAGUUCAAAGUCAAUAAUCUUCCCCAUCAUGUUGUCCUACUCCCCACCUCAAAAUUAAGCGAUGAACAAGCACCUGGACUAUUUAAGAUAUUAGCCAGGGCUAAAGAAUCUGUCAUUAAUCUCAGAAGUUUAUACCUCAAAUAUAAAAAUAUAUACAUCUGUCUUAGUAGCAACACUUGGUAAAGUAGCAGCUCUGAAUUUGAAUUAGACUUUGUCCUUGAAUUAGAUUACUAACAGCACCCAAACCCACAGAAGCACACAGAGAAAAGCAUCAACUGAUAUUUUAGAAGUACCAAAGCUGACGUAUUCGUCCUAGCAAAACAAUUCAGAAUUCCUAUUUCUAAAAAAGACAUAGAAGGGAUCUUACCUGCAGCUCACAAAUCCUUAAACACAGCCUAUGCCUUUUAAACUGCAUCGGCCCCCUAGAAAGUACGAGGGCACAAAAUGCCGACGCCACCGGCAAAUAAAACUUAUAUCAAAGGGUCCGAGGUCUUUAAAGGCACAAGGCGAUGAGAGAUGCACCCACAACUCGUUUUGACCCACAGCAUUUCUCGUGAAGGCUGAGACGAGCAUCGUGGCAGGUACAUCACACAACCACGCGAGGACACGCAACCCCGCGCUGCUUCGCAUUUCCAUCCUAAAGCCCCCAACGAGUUGCAUUAAGAAAAGUUACCUAAAUUGUCCCAAAAGAUUGGGAUAGUCAGGACUCAUUAGCCACGAGUUAAUUGCUUAGCGUUCGAUCUUUAACGCAAGAGGCAGCAGAUGUCUCACACCACGCACACACCAACCUUCUGUCUGUGUGCAGCCGCUACCUGAGGGAAAAGCAGAAUUAGGUGCAGAAUUGAUACAGAACCAACACGCUGACCCAUCGUGCUGUUGGGAACCAGGAUGUAACCGCACCGGUGAACCAAUCUGGCUGCCUCCACUAGGCUUGUAUUUUGUGAUAAACUUUGCUUUGAUGACAGAUUCCUAAGUUGAACAACUCCACCUUAAAAUCAAUGCCACAGAGGGGUGAACUCGGGGGCCUCGAAGCCCCAGUUCUAUGUUCAAGACAAGGGGAUGGGCUUGUGAUGGAUACUUGAGAAUGGUAAUAGAUUUAAAAACAAAAAGCAAAUGGCAAUUUUCUACCCGUGUUAUGUAAUGUUUUAUAUGUGCGUGGUCUUUCUUAAUGUAAAACUCUUGUAUUUUUGUGGUUUAUAUGCAGCGGGACUGAUGGCUGUGAGGGUGCACGCUAUUUUGUAAAAUAUUCUUAGCCAGUUAUCCCAAGGAGGGAAAAAAACCAUGAAGUAUUCACAUUUUCAUUGGCUUGUACCUGCAUGUACAGUAUUGGGGCAGCAAGUGAAGAUGAUUAAAGCCAGCUUGAAAACUU